CACGUUAAAUGAACAUGAUCCCUCCUUUACCCAGUUCAUUUGCUAAUCGAAUGCUUAGAUCAUUAAGUGCACAUAAGAUAUCUCACAGUGGGGAAGACCACGGGGGACCUAGUGCUUCCAACCACCCAUCCCCAUCCCACUGAGAUAUUUCAUGCUUCCCCUGCCUCACCAGGUCUAGGCCUGUGGAGACUCACCUUUUGAAGAUCUUGAUGAUCAAGCGAGCUGUCUCCAGCCUCUCUGCUGCAGUUUCUUUGUCUGCGAGAUCUCUCAUCCAAAGCCUUCCAUUUUUGAGAGGUUUUUGUGUGUCUGCAAGGUUUUUUUGUGCUGCGAGGUUGUUUUUGUGUGUGUGUGUUGUAAGUAUUGUUGUUGCUUGUUUUUGUCAUGCCCUGUCGGGCAAAUAACACCUAUGGCCGGCACAAUCUUCAAAUCAGUCUAAAAAGCGAGCAGGCUAUUAUAACUGAGUUUCUCUGCUUGCACCAUAUACCAGCGGAUGCAGCUAGGACUCCAAGCUCUCUAUGGGUUACUAUCCCAGCAGGAAGAGGCAGAGAAAGCGAAGGAACAAGAAGCAAAAGCGAGGCUGCCCAGCUGGUGUGCUAGUGAGGCUACAUAAGCACCCAAACAAACCACCGCUUCCGAGCAUUUUUCUUGCCAACAUAAGAUCCCUCGCCAACAAAAUGGGGCUCAGAAACAAGAGAGUGCUCAAUUGCUUGAUGAGACACAUCCAGGACCUCCUCAUGAAUCCUCCUCUAUGAUUGGAAAGACUUUUAUGGGUCCAGGAGGCCUCUUGGCCCCAUUUGGAUUCGGGUUGAAGAACAAAAAGAAAAUGGAGUCAAAACACCGAGCAGCUGAGAAAGCUGGGAAAAGGAGCCGUCAAGGAACUUGGGUACGAACUGGGCGGAAGACCCUAAAGGAGGAAGCCAUCAAUUCAGAGAUCCAGCGCUGGAGCUUCAGGAAUGUCCACUACCAGGACGCCAAAGGGCCGCGAGAGCUUUGCAGCCAUCUCCAUCGCUUUUGCCAUCAAUGGCUGCAGCCGGAAAGGCACACCAAGGCCCAGAUGUUAGAUCUGGUGCUUCUAGAGCAGUUCCUGGCUCUCCUGCCUUCAGAGAUGGAGAGCUGGGUGCGGGAGUGUGGAGCAGAGACCAGCUCCCAGGCGGUGGCCCUGGCUGAAGGCUUCCUUUUGAGCCAAACAGAGGAGCAGAAGGAGCAGGGAGAACUGCAGUUACAGAUUCUGGAGAUGAUCACUGAACAUCCCAUGAGGAGGAGAGACCUGUCUGAUCCCCCUCAGGAGCUGCUUCCCACUGUCCCCUCCCAGAAUGACCAAAGUUGGGACACUUCUCGAGGGGACAGAACAAUGUCGCUGGUCUUUGUAGGGGCAUCUCCUUUUUCUGUUGGCGCUGAGACAGCAGCUGGAUCUCCAGUUCAGGGUCUGGUGUCCUUCGAAGAGGUGGCUGUGGAUUUCUCUGAGGAGGAGUGGGCUCAGCUGGAUCCUCAUCAAAAAGCUCUCCAUGGAGAAGUCAUGCUGGAAAACUCCAGGAAUGUGGCCUCGCUGGGAAUUCAGAGAACCUUGCCCCGUACUCCACAGAAACGAACAAACACAGGAGGCAAGCCAUAUAAAUGCUUGGAAUGUGGGAAGAUCUUCAGCAAGAGCAGCAAUCUCACGUCCCACAAAAGAAUCCACACAGGGGAGAAGCCGUAUACAUGCCUAGAAUGCGGAAAGAGCUUCAGUCGGAGCAGUAGCUUCUCAGCGCAUAAAAGGAUCCACACAGGAGAGAAACCGUACGAAUGCCUGGAAUGUGGAAAGCGAUUCAGUGAGAGUAGUCAUCUCAUUGCACAUAAAAGGAUACACACGGGGGAAAAACCUUACGAAUGUAUAGAAUGUGGGAAAAGCUUCAGUCAGAGCAGUAGCUUUGCCGCACAUCGAAGAAUCCACACCGGGGAGAAACCCUACAAAUGUAUGGAGUGUGGGAAGAGCUUCAAUACAAGUACACACCUGACUUCUCACAAAAGGAUCCAUACAGGAGAAAAACCGUACAAAUGCACAGAGUGCGGAAAGAGCUUCAGCGAAAAUGGGGCUCUUACUUCACAUAAGAGGAUCCACACCGGGGAGAAACCAUACAAAUGCAUGGAGUGUGGAAAGUGCUUCAGUCAGAGCAGCUCCUUUACUCUUCAUAAAAAGACAUACACAGGGGAAAAACCCUACAAAUGCAUAGAAUGUGGAAAGGGCUUUAGUAUGAGCAGCCACCUGCUUUCUCAUCAGAGGACUCAUGCGGGGAAAAAGUCGUAUAAGUGCUUGGAGUGUGGAAAGAGCUUCACACAGAACUUCAGCCUGACAGUCCAUCAGAGAACUCACACUGGGGAAAAACCUUAUGAAUGUGUGGACUGUGGAAAGUGCUUCAGCCGCAGCCAGCACCUCAUUCAACACAGAAGCAUCCACACAGGGGAGAAACCAUUUCAAUGCACUGACUGCGGAAAGUGCUUCAGCCGCAGCCAGCAUCUUGCCCAGCAUCGAAGUAUCCACACAGGAGAGAAACCGUACAAAUGCAUGGAGUGUGGAAGGCGCUUCAGCAAUAGCGGAAGUCUAAAUACACACCAGAGAACUCAUACUGGAGAGAAGCCCUAUAAAUGCCUCGAGUGUGGGAAGAGCUUCAGCAAGAGCAGUAACCUUACAGCCCAUAAGCGGAUCCAUACGGGUGAGAAGCCCUAUCAAUGCUUGGAGUGUGGGAAGAGCUUCAGCAAGAGAGGGAACCUUUAUAAACAUCAGACAAUUCACACAGGAGAAAAACCUUACACAUGCAUGGAAUGUGGAAAGAGUUUCCGGAUGAGUGGGAAUUUUUAUAAGCAUCAGAGAAUCCACACAGGAGAGAAACCAUAUGAAUGUCUGGAGUGUAGGAAGCGCUUUGCUCUUAGGCAUCAGUUGACUUCGCAUCAAAGAACUCAUGCUGAUGAGAACCCAUUUCAAUGCUUAGUGUGUGGCGAGGAGUUUAAAUAUAGUGAGCAACUUACUCAGCAUGAAACCACCCACACAGCAUCCAGCCAAGAUGGAGACUUAGUUGGAGAAACUUCAGCUCACUUUGAGACCUCCUAUUUCUCUUUGUAUCCUGACAAUUGUUUAAUCUCCUUUAUUUGGUCUGGAAACCGGUGAUUAUUGUCUCUUUUGGUAUUUGGGGCAGUUUGUGAAUAAUCUGAACCAAGAGACAUAAUAUUGUAGCCCUCUCUUCUGGCAACAUCUGAAUGGAAACUGAGCUUAUAAUUGAUAAAUAACUACAGCUUCAAUCAUUUUUUUAAUGAUUGGUAAUAUUUAUAUUGUAAACAAUGUAGUGGAGAAUGGGCUCAGUCAACUGGAAGCUAUCCAUAACAGAACUGCAGAAGGCAAUUACAUUCUGUGAUUGACCUGGAAUCUCAUCCAGAAGGGCCUCUAGAAGGCUCUUGUUACAACAGAUGUGUGAUAUGAAAUAUCAAUUAAGACAUGAGUAAGAAUUGGAUUCAUCUUUCCACAGAUAUUCAUGGGUGGAGCCAGAAAUGCCAUACUCAUGGAUGUUAUGCAAACGUGGCCUGUAAUAUCUAUGUGGCUUCAACUGUUGCCUUUUCUUGUCCCCAUUACAUUUGAUGUGCUUUGAUGAAUUAUGAUAGACUUCCUUAUCUUAAUUUUCAAAGAUCUUCUGAACCCUGCUCAUGUUAAUAAAAAGGCUUAAAUGGGAUCCAUUCAAAAUCUCUUAGGAUGAUGCCAAACAAAUGGCUGGUAAUUGGCAGACUUUUUCAAAUGACAUCCUUUUGGUGAAGAAUCUGAAAUAUUAUAUUCUUGUUCCUGCAACUUUCACCAUCCAACAGUCUGAAAUUUUCCUCCAGAUAUGGCAGGUUUUAUCUACUUGGGUUGAAACCUCUUUGGAGGGGCUUGCUCAUGAUCUGGUCUUAAUUGGACACCAGUUCAUAAUAAAAUGUCAACACAAUUUUUUCUGAUCUAACUGGAUCUCUCACUCAGCCAAUGCGUCUUUGAAAGCUCUUAAAAGUUACUUAGAUUUGUUACAGUUUUAUUGUAGUCUUGCAACUUCUAUAGUGAUGUAAAUUUUUUUACAGAGUUUUCUGUAAUUACAGGUAUAUAAUUUAUACUUUUUAUUGUGGUUUCUUUUUAAGUGUUUUAUUGCAACAGUGAAAUAAUUUUGCCACCUUUCUGUUUAAUAGGAGACUGUAGAUAAAGAGAUGCAAAGAAUGUUGCCCAUGUCACAGAAAUAAGGAUUUUUAAAACUUUUUUCAUCCUGACUCUGUUCCCACAAUACCUACAACCUUCUAUUAUUUUUAAAUUUAGAGGCUGGGUGAUUCCAGGACAAUUUUGGGAGACUAACACUUUAAAAAGAGCCGAGGUGGCGCAGCAGUUAGAGUGCAGUACUGCAGGCCACUUUAGCUGACUGUGUUCAGCAGGUCAGCGGUUCAAAUCUCACCGGCUCAAAGUUGACUCAGCCUUCCAUC